GAGUAGGAGUAGGAGUAGGAGGAAGGGCUUCGUACGCGCCGGCCAGCUCUCUACGGCGUUGCUGACGUCAUGUCGCGAAAAUCAAUACCGCAGUUAAGGCUUGGAGGUGCAGUGUGUGGCCGCGGGUCGAGCGAGACGCGGCUCCUUAACUCAGCGGCCAGUGGGAUGGGCAGCGCUGAGGCCCCCGAGUGAUAAGUGGACAGUGCCAGCCAGUGCCCCGGGCUGACGUGCAGUGACAGUGUCCUUAACGCCCCGCCGCGCCCCAACACCUCCUCCCACACACACACUUCCGGCAUGAAGCACCAAUGGGGAGCCGGACCAACUGAAGAAAGAACAAGGAGAAGAGUGGAUAAGGAGGAGGAUGAGGAGCAGGAGGGGUUAUGUGUGGUCUGGUAACACUGCCUGAUAGGAAGUGAAGGACUCUUAAGGGCUCAUAAGGGUUCUCAUUCACCCUUACACUUUAAACUUAUACUGUGCUACCACUCGUCAGCCUCUACACACAGCAGGUAUGAUGACGUAAUCAGCAUGGGUGACAUCACGAGCACCGCCACCACCACCACCACCAUCACCACCACCAUCACCACCAACACCACCACCCAGUCCGCCUUCAAACCCGCCCCUUCAGCGCUCACACCCGCCCACGCUAAUGCCGGAUGAGGGCGGUGGGCGGCAGUGAGGGUGGUGCUGCUGCUGCUGCUGGUGAGGGUGUGGGCGGGGCGUGCCGGAGCGCGGGCGUGUGGGGGCCGUGGCAGCACCAUGAGUCCGGAGGAAAGCCGCAAGGAGAGGGAGGCUCGCUCGCUGGCCCUCGAGCGCGCCUACGUCCACGAUGUGUAUGACCAGAUCUCGGUGCAUUUCUCGAGCGGCAGGCACCGAGUGUGGCCCCGCGUCAGGCAGUUCCUCCUCGACCUGGAGCCGGGGUCCUUCGUGGCCGAUGUGGGAUGUGGCAAUGGAAAGUACCUACACGUUAACCAGAAAGUGAUGAAGCUUGGUGUGGAUCGCUGCCUCAACCUAACCAACACAGCCAGAGAGAGAGACCAUGAGGUGAUGGUAAGUGAUAACCUGGCCCUGCCCUUCCGUGAUGAGGCCUUCGACGCCGCUCUCAGCAUUGCCGUCAUCCACCACUUCGCCACCACGGAGCGGCGGGUGCGGGCCCUCAGGGAGCUGGCGCGCAUACUGCGGAUUGGCGGGCGUCUUAUGAUUAGUGUGUGGGCGAUGGAGCAGCGGCACAGGAAGUUCGAGUCUCAGGACGUGCUGGUACCGUGGCACCGCCCCGAGCACUCCUCCAGCGACGACAAGACGUCAAGCAUCGAACGAGACCUCAACUCCACCACCACUGACGAUGACGACGUGUUACACUACCACGCCCACAACCACAGCGACAGCGACUCCUGUCCCUCCAACAGGCACGGGGGUCGCAAAAAUGGCCGCAGACGCACUCGGUCACGUGCCAUAGACCCGAUUGGAGCCGCCUCCUCCUCUCAGAGCUCGUCAGACCUCAGUAGCCCCAACGAGAGCUGCUACAGCUUCGUUCGGCGGGCACUACAGGUAGCCUCCGACAAUAGCAAGCAGAAGCUGACCAGUAGUCGUCGAGGGUCAUCGUCUUCUGGCAAGUCGUGGUUCCUGCACGGCGGCAGCCUCUCUGCCUUCAAAUCAGACAUGGAGGUGGGCGGGACGUGCGAGCCGCGACCCUCACUCAGCGGCGGCGGCCAGCGGGGCUCCGUCAGCAACGACGGCUCCCUGGACUCUCAGGAGAACCUGGACGACGUGCCUAUCGAGCUGCGUCAUUUGGAACCCGACGAUCCCGCCCUGCUGGACAUUCCCUUAUCCCCCCUCCCACUGCUGCCGACCUCCGCCGGUGGCACUACCACAGGUGGAGACCCAGAAGGCAAGGCUAAAUCCAAGAGUUUGACUGAUUUAGUACAGACAUCGCCACGGUCCCUCAGCGGUCUGCUCGGGGCACACGGCAGCUCGCUCUUCCCGAAGGAGAAGUCGGUGAGCCGGGAAGGCCUCGCGUCGAGCACGUCAAGCGAGACGUCCAGUAGCGUCCUGCGAUCCAAGUCGAGCUCGUCGUGUUUGUCGCUGUCAAGUCGCGAGCUGACGGCGGAGGUUGAACGUGGCGGUGCUCUGAAGAAGGUGCCCAGCAGCGGUGUGAGUGUUGGUGAUGUCGAUGAAAAGAAGGAAAAUGUCACUGACAAUGAUAAGGGAACAGCGGCAACAAAGAAAAGAGGGCAAACAGAAAGAGAGGAAAGAACCGAUUCAGAGAAAGGAGAGAUAUUAAGAAGUGUUGGUGCAGGAGGUGGAGAUGGAGCAGAGAGUAGUAGGGACGUUACAGAGGGCGGUGCAGGCAGCCCUCCACCUACAGGCAGGAAAAGACCUGCCCUCAAGAAACAAAAGGCCUCUAUUAACGAAAGUGACGCGAGUGACGUGGAAACUCCCAUUGUUAUUGAAAUCAGUCAGGCACCGAAAGCGAGCCAGGCAGAGGCGACGCCAGAACAGGACGAGGACCACCUCAGCAUCCCCAAGGGAGCCUGCAUCGUUAAGCAGAGCUCCCUCAACGACGAGUUUAUCUGCAUCGACAGGCUUCUGGAGAAAGAAAAGCUGAAACAGAGCAUUCAGAAACAAAGCUCCCUGAACGAAGAUCUCAUCUACGGCAACAGACCCGAGAGGCGGGAAAGUCUCCGCGAGUCCCUCUUCACCACUCAGUUUCGGCGGCUGCAGAACAUCCGUGAUAGCUUCCAGCGACUCCGCACGGCGAGUCUCGACCGCUUUGAAAGGGAAAAGUCAGACUCCUCUCUUAAGAAGGGCAUCGUGAAGCUCCUUCAGUCGUGGAAAAGCGAAAUCCUGGUGCCUAAGGAGACUAAAUCCCGCGAGGGGACGGAGGACGAGUCUGGAGACGCCGAGACCCGCUGCUCGGACGCCAGUCUGACCGACGAUCAGAAACACACGGAAGCCCAACGCAAGGGUCAGGGAAUUUACCAGCUGGGGAGAUCCUGUGAGGGCGGGGAGGCUCUGAGGACGUGUGUGAUGGAGAAAAAGUUACUGAGUAGAGAGCCGAGUGAGCGAAAACCUUCCCGCGAGGAAAGCUCCGACAGUUCCAAGGAAAACAGCUUCCAGAGCGACACGAGCCUGGACUCCGAGGACAGCUGUGUGUCUGUGAUAUUCGUGCCCAAGCCAGGCCAGGCCGGGACAGCCGAUGCUGAUAAGGAGAGGCACCGUUCCGUCUCCUCGGAGUCUUCGGAAGGCUCUGACAAACAACACUCCCCGAAGUCCCCCAGGUCCCCUAAGUCUCCCAAGUCCCCAGGUCCGGGGGGCGGGCGGUACUUUACGCCCAACCGCUUCCUUGGAACCAAGGGCGGGGUGAAGACAGGACCCAAGAUGGGGACACAAGUGCUGGCCGGAGCCAGCCGACCUGAGCCACAGCGCCGCGUCAGUCCGCCUUCAGACUCCCUCCCGGAGACCACUGCCAGCCCCGCAACCGCCCCGGGGCCCACCGUCACACCCACCCCCGAGAAAGUAAAGACUGAAGCGGCGCCACCAGUGGUGCGUGAAGCGCCUGCCAUCAAAACUGUGGCGAGCCAGGCGCCGCGGCCUGUUCUGGGCCGUGGAGGCAGCGGGCUGGCACGAGUGAUGAGUCACUGCGGCUCGACGCCUCCCGCCACGCCGCCUCCCAAUGUUACCACGGGCUCCUACUUCUCGUCCCACACCCCACUGCCUCCGAGGACGGUGAUGAGCACCGAGCCUUCGGCACCGCCGCCGCCACAACCAUCGCCGCCUUCAGUGAGGCAGCACGAGUCACCCACAGUGCCCAAGGUGCCGCCCCCCAUCACUGCCGCUCCCCCCUCCCAGCCACUCCACUCUGCCCACUCGUCUGCCCCAAGCACUGGGGGCGGCAAGCAACACAUCCUCAAGUACGAACCGCAGGUUGUGAAGCGGGACACCAGCUUCACGCAGCAGCUGUCCUCGCUCCUGCUGGGGGAGAACAUCGAGAUCAUCCGCAAGACAGGCAGCAGCGGCAGCAGGAACGUGCAGAUCGUGCGCAAGACAGUGCCUCGCUACCUCACCUUCGACGUGUUCAACCCUGAGACGGACGACCUGGACAGCGACUCGUCUGCUUCCUCCUCCCCGAACUCCGGCUCCUCUGUCAUUGAGCGCGGGUGGCCAACUGAAAAGGACAUCGAGGAGCUGGACAAGGAAAUAAAACGGCGGGAGGAGGAGGAGCGGCGGCGAGCGGUGCCUUCUCCAGGGGCGGCGGCGGCGGCGGAGAGGAACGCCCCACCGCCAGCAGAGAUACCUAAGUUGUCACUAGUUGAGGACGUGCACCGCAUGGACACUAUCAGUGAGGACGCCCGUGAACACUCAGGGUCGGAGGUGUACCGGGGCCUCGCGGACAGGCGCCGCAAUGCAGCCCAGUCAGCAGCCUUCACCAGGUCCUCCUCCGUCAGCCGUGCCUUCGUCGACCAGACACUCGGGACGUCGCGGCGGGAGGCGGAGAGUGGAAAGCAGCGGCCAGUCAGCAUGGGAUCGGCGCCCUCCUCCUUCCUCAGCACAUCUUCAGCGGGCAGCUCAGCGGGCGCGACAGGGGACGGUGCGCCGGAAGCCAGCUUGAAGAGAAGCCCCAAAGCCCGGCGGAAGCUGACCAUCGCCCAUCUGGAUCAGCCGUUGUCCCUCCAACCCGCCAUGGAGCAUAAGCCUGAAUCCAGAAGGCACAGCCGGAGUCCAGAGCCGCUACUGGACCGACAGAGCCUGAGGAGUCGCGUGCCCGAGCGCCACCACCAGCAAGCCAAGGCGCUGUCCCCAAUGGGCACCGACCCGCUCUCUCGCAGUGGGGACAUGAAGCCCUGGGCAGAGGUGGCCAUCAAGCCCCUCACCGAGACCGUUAACCUGCCACCACCCUCCUCCUGGAGGGGGCGCUACUCCCCCGAGGGCAUCUUCAAAGGUUUGUCUGAGUUUGAGAAGAAAAAAUCUCAGGAAGCGAGGAAGAGCGGCCUGGAGCUCCCCUUCGGUGCGCCUUGUCGAGGAGCGCUCUCCCCCAGCAGCAGCGUGUCCUCUACCUCCCCCUCCGUUCCUAAGGAGCUCGGAAAGGAGGAUGCCGCCUCCAGGAGUCCGCUGCUCAGCUCACCGACGCCCUCCACCAGCAGCGGAGAGUCCCGUUCGGGCUCGCACGUAGCUAUGUCGCUGUUCCGCGAGGGACCCUUCUCCCUAGAUUUGUUCAAAAUGAGUCGUAGCGAGAGCAGCCUCCCGCUGCUGAGCCCUGAAGACCAUCGGCCUAAUCAUGGCACCUUCAGGGAUCCCGUACGGCCUCUGGUGCUGCCCGGACCCAGGAAGACCUCCAGGCUAGGAUCAGAAGAUGAGACAGAGAGCAAGGAAGCCAGCCCUCGAGGUUUCAAGGAGCAACCGUCGCUAGCCAGAGAAGAGACUCCCCCACGGUCGCGGAGGCAACACUCGAGCCCCCUCAAAGUGAGGAUUGAGGACACCAAAUCACAGAAGGAGAGCGAGGACGGCAAGAAGACAAAAUGUCGCUUGUGUGCACGUGAGAACGAGAAGCGACAAAAGAAGCGUCGGGAGGAGCAAUUGGCCAGCGUGCAGCUGUCCCGCGAGCAGAUCCUGGCGGGAGGUGCUCGGCGAAGGGCUGCAACCCAGGGCAAGGCCGAUGGUCCUCGCCGUGGAGAAUUGCGCUCUCAAGGGUCACUAGACUCAGCCACGGAGCAGAAGGAGGCAGCCUCGUCCAGGUCCACUCCGCCUCUGGUGCGGAGCGGUUCCCUGGAUCUGGAGAAGGCAGAAAGGACGCAGAAGAUGAACAGCCUGAGCCGCGACACCUCCACCUCGCAGGACUCCCUCCAGAGCGACAUGGGGGGCGCGCCCACCCUGCACCGCUACUACCACGUGUUCCGCGAGGGUGAGCUGGACCAACUCAUCGAGAAGUACGUGCACAACCUGCACAUCAUCUCCUCCUACUACGAUCACGCCAACUGGUGCGUCGUGGCCGAGAAGGUGCAGGUGUGGACCAUAUGAGGCACCGCUGCUCUCUGUGUGUGUAUGUGUGUGUGUGUGUGUGUGUGUGUGUGUGUGUGUGUGUGUGUGUGUGUGUGUGUGCGUGCGUGCGUGCGUGCGUGCGUGCGUGCGUGCGUGCGUGGGUGUGCGCGCGCGCGCGCGCGUGUGCGUGCUUGCGCGCACCGACCCUCCGCCGGCCAGGUGCUGCUGCUGAAGUGGGUCUGACGCGGAUGUUCUGUGUCUACUGAAGCGGGUACAUGUUUACUGAAGCAGGCCGUCGGUCCGAGUGCUGCUGGGCCAUGAAACGAAGUAAACUGAUAACUGAACUGCUGCCGCCCUGCUGAGAGUCGCUGAUCCGCCGAGGUGGAAAUAACACUUUUUUUUUUCUUUUUUUUUCACGUCAAACGGACGAACUCUCAUCGCCUUAACGCUGAACUGUUCACUUCCUUAUCACUACUUAGCGAACCUUAACACUGACUGGGUGUGUGCGUGGGGUGUUGUGCUGCUGCUUGUGGAAUGUGCGUGCAUGUGUCCAGAAAGACGAGAAGUGGAGCUUGUAACACGACGAGAACCAAGACGACAACCACCACAACCGCGACGAGGAGAAGGAAAGGCAAGUGGCUGAGUGAGAAAAUACAGAAUGGAAGACUGAAGGAAAGGAAUUACGUAUAGAUGUUUAUAUGUUGAAGAGAAGAUUCGCUUUCGUCUUGUGAUACUCUCGUCAGUGAAACACGGCCUUGCUUCCUCAUCACUUUAACUUGAAGGAGUCUUGGAGGUCUUGGUUGUAUUUUCUUUGUGUUCCUUUGUGUUUCUUAUGCACUGCUUGUGGUGCAUUACUGACACGUUCCUUGUUUUUCCUCUGUUUUAGUUGAUUUUCUGUGUAAUCCGUGUUGCUAUAACUGUGUGUGUGUGUGUGUGUGUGUGUGUGUGUGUGUGAAUGAUGACAAAUUCAAUUUACAUUUUAAAUUACUGAAGUAAAUCCUUGCUUUUGUUGUUUUCCGCAUAUUCUGCAUCCUUGUGUGUGUGUGUGUGUGUGUGUGUGUGUGUGUGUGUGUGUGUGUGUGUGUGUGUGUGUGUGUGUGUGUGUGUGUGUGUGUGUGUGUGUGUGUGUGUGUGUGUGUGUGUGUUCUUCCUCAGUACACAUCAUCACUUAUUCACGAGAGCAGCCGCGUCGCUUAGGGCAGGGGUGCACUUGGCUAAAUCCUCCCAACCUGCUCACCGUUCAGCCUCCCUCUAUGUAUUCCUUGUCUCCCGGGAUAACAGUAACAGAACCACACGCACGUUCCUCCCUCGGAUUUCUUUCAUGGGGCCUUGGUGAAGGGGUGAAGCCUGGAAUCUCAAAACACUGCACGAUAUUUUAUUUUUUUUUUUUUUUUUUUGUCAUUUCAAUUGGUGACGUACUGGGCAUCCAAAUUUUCGGUUUUAAUCUUCGUUCAUGUACCGUCGGGAUCAGAAGACGCUCACUUUCACUGUGCUCUGUGUUUUCCCUCAGUCUUAAGUCCUCCAAUAAACUGAUAGUCUGCUUACAAAAUCAGAUAAUUGAUAGAUUCUUGGCAGACCUAAGGACUUACGAUUGAUGAAAAACUAAAUGCAUAGUAAACUGGUGCAGUAUGUUACGUACUAGAUUUCUGACCAUGACUGUACAAUCCGCGGCUGAUGCUGUAUGCAAGUAGUGUCGGCAACUUGGUCAUACGCAUGUUACAAUACAAUAAUUUUAAUUGGAGAAAGCUAUAGAAAACAUAAUAAUUGGACUCAGGCAUACUCGUUUACAUACAAUUUUUAAUGCCUUUAUAAUCUAACACAUCAAACGAAUAUCAGCCAUCCCAACUAUUUUUGGAUGCAGUAGGAUAUGUUAGGUUAAGUGACUUCUAAUCUGACGUAAUCUAUCAUAACCUCACUUUACCUAACCUAACCUUACCGAGCACAACAGUAGCUAUGGUGGUUUAUGUUCAUGGGAUUCAAUCUAACAAUCUCGCUCUCUACUCAAGUUACAGCGCAUUAAGAUUGUUUACGCUAAAUUUCUUUCUCUUUCUCGUUAAAUAAUCACAAUUAACCUGUUUCCCAGUUUGGUCUUCAGUAUCUAACAACCGUGCAUUUCAUUCGUGUCUGAAGUUGCAACUCACUAAGACAAUUUUACUUUCAGUUCUCUUUCUCGUAAAAAAAUCAUUAUGAAACCGUUUCCCGUUUUGCUCAACAGUUAACUUUCUGCUUGACGUUCACAGUGUUGGCUAGUGACCACCGCUCGAAGGAAAGGGCCAAAGUGCUGAGACAUGAGAUAGUAUGCUGGGUGACACUCGUCCUCACACACACACACACACACACACACACACACACACACA